GGUGCAGUGCCUGUGACGUAGCGCACCCGGCGGCACCCCCUGUUCCUUCAAUUUUCCUCUCGCCAGCACAAGCCCAAAGCAGCUGCUUCUCGAUCCAUUCCUUGCCCAAGUGCAGUCAGUACCAAACCUAACCGAGCGAAUUUCCUAGACACCGCAACCCACCGCAACCCGAAACCGAAGCCACCCCCACAGAACCCAGCGACAUUCCCCUUUCCACUUGCACUGCACGCCAUGCUCCUCAGCGGCAAGGUUGCUCUUGUCACUGGCGCGUCCACCGGCAUCGGGCGUGCCGUGGCCCUGCGGUUGGCCGCCGAUGGCGCCGCUGUUAUCGCCAGCUACGGCAGCGAUGCCGCGGGCGCCAAGGAAGUUGUCGACCAAAUCGGCAGCGGCCGCGCCCUGGCCGUCCAAGCAGACUCUCGCAGCCCAGAAUCCCUCGAGAGGCUGGUCGGCGAUGCAGUUGCCAAGUUUGGCAAGAUAGACAUUCUCGUCGCCGCCGCCGGCGUCAUGCCCACGGUGCCCCUGGCCGGCUUGACGUCGGACAGCUUCGACGAUGUCUUCAACAUCAACGUCAAAGCACCGCUCCUCCUAUGCCAGAAAGCGGCGCCGCACAUGCCCACCGGCUCGCACAUUGUCCUCUUCUCGACGACGCUCUGCGCCGCGUCGACGGUGAUGCCGCACUACCUGCUGUACGUAGCCAGCAAGGGCGCCAUCGAGCAGGCCACGCGCGUGCUGGCCAAGGACCUGGGCAAGAAGGGCAUCAGCGUCAACUGCGUCGCCCCGGGCCCCACCAGCUCGCGCGGCUUCCACGCCAACCAGACGGACCUGUCGCUCAAGAUGGCCGCCGGCGCAACCCCCAGCGGCCGCCUCGGCGAGCCCGACGACAUUGCCGAUGCCGUCGCCUUCCUGUGCGGCGACGACAGCCGCUGGGUCGCCGGCCAGACCAUCCGUGUCAACGGCGGCAUGGCGUGAGCAUGUAUGCUGUUGCGAGAUUAGUUUAAUUGCCUACCUAGCUAGUACCAAUUUGUGUCUCGUCUUUCAAUGAAUCUCCCCAUGUGGCCCAAAUUCCAGUCCAG